AUGCAGUUCCUCUCUCUCGCUCUCGCCCUGGGUGCUUUCUAUAUUCAAACUGCUCAAGCAGCCCCGGCCCCUACCGAAGCACCCUCCCCUACAAUCACCAGCCCUCCCAGCACCACCACCUUCACCUCCACCGCCACUUGCAGCUUUAGUCGCUGUGUUGAUUACAUCGAUGCCUGUGGCCACACCUACGGCGGGUGUUUCCUCGAUCCACAGACUAUCAAGGACGAAUAUGGAAACCUCCUGUGA